CAGCUCCGUCGGCGUCACGUCUGUUUCCAGCUGCUGCAGGUUGAGAUGUCGUGACCUCGUCUGCUCGCAGCUGAUUGGUUCCUGAAGUGUCUGUGACCCCGUCGUCGGUCACGUGACCUCAUCCUUCUGCGUCUCCUCAGAACCGACAAGGAGCCGAUCAGGUUCCACGUUCUCAUUGGAAGAUCUGAGGAGGAACUCAGAAGAUCAGAGAGCGUCGGUGGCGGGAGGCGAGGCGAGGCAGCUGAUUGGCCGUGGAGGAGAGUGAGUCACUGAGGGGGGGUGGAUGAAGGUGCAGAGAGGCAGAACGUCUUCAGUCAUGGCGGAUGUUUGGUUACAGUAGUCGCCUCAUGACACCAGUCGCCUCCGUCGUCCGUCAGCUGUUCCUCCUCCGUCAUCGUCGUCCUCGGGUGUCGAUGAAACAUGGACGCCUCCUGGUUCUUCCUGGUUCUGUCGGCCGCCGUCUUCGUCUCUAUGGUGCUGCUGGCGGUCGUCUGUCUGGACUGUUGGAACAAAGGUCCACUGGUUUCCAUCAGACAAACACACGCGUCAGAGGAGUACAUGCCAUCCACUGAGUUCAGAGUCAUUCAUCCAUUGCAGCCGACCAGCGACCUGAACUCCAUCCGCUCGGCUCCUCACCUGCUGUCGCCACCGAGACUCAUCUCGUCCUCAGCGGAUCCUGGAACUCAGCGCAGACAUCGAUCCUUCACUGCAACAGAAACUGAAAGUAAUCCAAGUUAUGAAAAUCCAGCAGAGGGACCUGAAUAUGUGAACCCUGACCCAAACCAUCCCGACAGUGACAUUGAGGAUCCCGGCUACAUCAUCGUGAUUCCCGACGGUGAAGCUCUCGCUCCGUCGACCCAGAGCAGAGUCUCGACACCUAGUUCAGAUGUUCGACAUGAUUACGUGAACCUGGAAGAGGAACAAGAGGAGGAACAAGAGGAGGAACAAGAGGAGGAACAAGACUACCUGAAUGUGGAUCCUCAGCUCUCUAAACCAGCUCCAGAGUCUGAUGACGAUGAAGAUUCUGACGAGGGGAACUACGUCAAUCAGCCUCCGAUGAAUCACAGUCAGCCCCGAGCAUGAUGGCAAACAGACUGACGGGACGGAGACGAGCACACGGAUCUUGGUCCAACAUCCAUCUUCAUCUUCAUCAGCUCUGCUCCGUCGUGAUGUUUAAACAGCUGAAAGACUGACGACAGAACCUGAGGAGGAAAAACGGAAAAGUGAAACUCAUUUUUCUCUGAUCCUGAAUCAGGCGUCAGAAAUCCUUCGUCAGCUCCGUCACUUCAGAUCGUGAGCUCGUUUCCAUCUAGAGUCUUGGGGCACGAAACACCUUCAGCUAAGAUUUUCCUAAAAAUAAAAACGGAAGCACAAAUCAGGCUGAGGUCUUCAGCUUUUCAUAAAUAUUAGAUCCCCUUUAAAGAAUAAAACUGUUGAACUGAAGACCGGACCAAAACAGUCAGGACAAAUACUUAAGUACCUCCAGCUCAACAUGGCCGACUUUCACACGGCGGCCAUUUUCCUCCGACAUGGGGCCCGAAGCUCGGACGCUGUUACAAUCAGAAUCACGUCGUAGAAACAGAAUCUGACAAACUGAUGAGACAGUUUCACAUCAGACCAUGUUUCAAGGUGAAACUACAGACUAGCUCAUUAUUAGCUACGAUUAGAUAGCGGCUAACGUUAGCAUCAACCACUUCCUAGCUAACUUUGAUACUGUAACAUGAGAUGACAAGGAAGUCGCUUUAUCCUGAAAUAUCACCGCAGCUCUUGGACAUGUUUAUUAAUCCGCCUGGAAGUAAAAUGCUCUGGAAUUAAGUUAGUAAAUCUAAUUGUAAAUCUAAUUGUAAAGCGCUUGGAAAAACUUUUUAUGUCAAAUGUCCGAACGUCACAGAAUCAUGAUAAGUGUGACAUGUUCCAGUGAGCGUGACGUCACGAUGUCACUGGCUCCAGAACAUCCUGAGGUCGAGCUGAAGCUCGGUCCUGUAGUUUUACUUCCAGGCUGAAAUCAACGUGUCUAAGAUGUGAUUGGACUUGUUGACUUGACAUUGGACUUGUUGACCCUGACAUUGGACUUGUUGACUUGACAUUGGACUUGUUGACCCUGACAUUGGACUUGUUGACUUGACAUUGGACUUGUUGACCUGACAUUGGACUU